UGGAGAUGACGCAAACGGACCCCGCUCCCCCCAAAAGUGUUCAAGACGAACAUGGCGGCAAUUUAACCCAGGUCCAAGAUGACUGUGGCCAUUGGGAGAAAAGAUCCAAGGCAUUCAACCCAGAUACGAACUGGAAAAAAUCAACUGGGGCACAAUCAAACGGCUUUUGCUUUCUCAUAAUUGAAUCCGGGAAACUGCAGCAGUAACGGCAACAGCACUGAUAAACUGGCCACAGCUGGUCUCUCUGCGCGCGAGCACCACCCCGGAGAGCAGAAGAGAGGGAGCGAGGCGCGAGGCAUGCGGUUACAGAGAACGUGGUUUCCCCCCGGAGAGCCAUGGAGAACGGGGAUGCGGCAGCGCGAGGCUUAAUCUGUGCGGGCGCGCUAAUUGGAUCGGAAUAACACACCGACGGCGUCUGGCGCGAGAGAGGAGAGCCCAGGACCGGCGGCGGCACGGCAGCCCACCGUUACCGAGGAUAAAUAACCAGAGUCCAUCUCCCAAAGUCAAUGAGUAUAGUGGCAGAGGAGCCCCCGCGGUGGAGUCGGCCAGAGCUGCGCUUUUCCUAAAAUAUGACCAGGGGUGCUUGGAUGUGUCGGAAGCAAGAUGACGGCUUAAAAAUCUGGUUUGCACCCCGAGAGAACGAGAAGCCAUUUACCGAGUCGGAGCGGGCCCAGAGAUGGCGCCUAUCGCUGGCCUCUCUUCUGUUCAUCACCGUCCUGCUCUCUGAUCACUUGUGGUUCUGCGCCGAGGCCAAACUGACGCGGACCCGAGACAAGCGGCAGGACAAGCGGCUCGCCUUUACGGACAUGGUCGAGUACCCAAACUCCACUCACCACCAUACCCCCUCCUCUGACCCCCAUUCCCCCCACGGCCCCCUUGCCAGAAAGUCAGAUGUUAUUUUUAUAGGGAAUUCUACCAAACCUCUGUGGCGACUGGACACCUGUCACCCGGACAGCUUGUCCAAAGACUGCUUCACUUUCACGGACGCAGAGCCCGUCUGCCUGGGCCUCUCCGGGGGCGGGGAGAGGACGCAGUCGGCGGACUUGAAUCUGAGCGAUUUGUAUCUUUCUUUUUGUAAUUCCUACUCUCUUUUGGAUUUGUUUAACGGGUUUACAAGUCCGGACAAUAUAAACUGCAGCCUGGACGUGGCUGAGGGUGACACGCUGGGAUGCAGCGAGUGUGUCCGGGUUUACCAGCGCUUUGACCGGCAAGCUCAGGAGGACUACCGGGAGUUUGAGCAGUUGGUUGAGAAAUAUGAGACUGAUGAAUACUCGGUCAGGACAUGUAUGGAGGAAUGCAAGAUGGUAUAUAAGCCCUGGCUGUGCUCACAGUACUUCCAGACCACACAGAUGCACUGCAGUAAGAGGAUCCCAUGUGGCCAGUACUGUCUGGAGGUGCAGCAGAGGUGUCCCUUCAUCCUUCCUGACAACGACGAUCUCAUCCACGGAGGAAGCCCCAGUUUUAUAUGCACAGGGCUGUUGGAGGAGUACCAUGGGGGCGUGGAUGCAGACGCGGAGUGCUGUGAUGUUCGGUGGGACUUCCAGACAGAAGAUGACAACAACCAUUCCCGGGGGACCCUCAAAAGAACUCACCCAUCCUGUCACCACCGUACCUCUCUCAGUUCCUCGGCCGUGUGCAGAGUGUGCAACAGCCGGCUCAAACUCUGCCUGCUAGUCCUUGUCCUCCUGCACACUGUCGCCUCCCUAACCGCAUCCCACAAUGCAACAGGGCUGGGCCUCCCUGCCUCACUCGCCCCUCUGGAGGAGAGCUCCCCCGCCAACGAGGAGUGAUGGGAUGGCCGAUGAUAUAGGUUGUCACGACAAUAUGAAACAUCUCCGCCUCGGUCGGGAAUGCUAUGUGCUGUUGGCUAGACGUCUGCAGCCGCUGAGCUUUCUGGGUAAUUGAGUCUUUGCAGAGGUGUUGGACUACUUAUAAAUGGAAGACGUGCAAAUCAAUCAAAGCAAACAGACUUACAAACAACGAGACGAAAACAUGACAGUGUCGGGAAAAUGGGACAAUGCAGCAGCCUUUGUUGAGUAGGAAGGCCUCCUCACUGCUGAGUUUCUCUCGCUGCGCUUUUUUACACUGUUUCCCUGUUCUGGCUUUCUGUUGCACUGGCUGACUACCGGAUAACACUCACUGUCCACUUAGAAUGUCCAUCCUUUAUGUUGUUCCUUUAUGGGUCUCUUGUGCAGGAAGGAAAUGUCUCAUUGAUAUAGGAUAGAUAACAUCAAAAAGCAAAGUUGUGAGUGUGUGCGUAUUUGUGUGUGUGUGAUUGUGUGUGGGUGUCUACUCUGAAGUCUUCACUCAUUUGGGUUCCCAUUCCUAAAGCGGCUUUAGAUGUAGGAAAGGACACUAAAAUGUUAGAGUAGUAGUUUGCUCUCAUGGUUCUGUGUGGCUAAAUUGGUAGAGAAUGGUGUUUACACUGCCAUGAUUGUGGGUUCGACUCCCACGGGGGACCAGUAUGAAAAUGUAUGCACUUACUACUGUAAAUUGCUUUGGAUAAGAGCAUCUGCUACAAUGUAAACAAAUGAUCCUUGGUAAAAAUGAACGUACACCCAGACUACACUACUGGCCAGUGAUACAAUUGUAAUGCUUCUCAAUAUAGAAGACAACCCCUUGAUAUAGAAGUAUCCUACUUGCAUUUCUCUGUCCCUACCACACACUCUGUCCAUGCUCUGUGUCUUCUCAGCCCAGCACUCCACACAUAGAAUGUCUACUGUUUGUCUAAUCAAAAUGUCUUACCUCUAUUCUGUACUUGCAUGUGGAGGCUCUUAAUGAUGUGAAAUUCACAGCCUUGUUGGUUUGCUUUACAUAGCCUUAGCCCCCCUCUGUGGUGGAGAACACUACUGCACCCCCAAAACACCACCAGUAAGGUAGCAUGUCCUCUGCUUUCUUCAACUAAUGUUACUUAACUCACAUUGUGUAAAGGGCUUAUUUCUAUAUACAAACACAGACAAAAAUGUGCUUGAGGUAUGGCUUCAGGUAUCUCAGUUCACACUGCAUGCUUAGGGGUAUACCUUCAAAGGUAUGCAUUUGCUUAAAAGGUGUUUAAUGUGUUGCUAUAGAGAGCGGGCAGGUGUAGGACCCAGUAUGUAGUAUGUUUGAGGAGAAACGUUGGGCGGCACAGUAAGGCUGAGAAGCUCAAUGGCAUUAUGUUAACAUUGCUGUUAGCAUUAUGGUUAAUGUGAGCUGGAAGAAAAGGCAAUAUUUAAGGGCUGUUUUAAUCAUUUCUUGUCCCUUUGUUUUCUAGCUGAUUAACUGAACUGAUAGAUAGUGGUGUCAGGUAUUUUAGGCCUAACAAAUGUAUGCUGAAUGCAGAAUUCUCCACUUUCAUGUCUGUUGAAUAUAUAUGUUAGCCUCCUAUUGCUAGGUCCGGCUUGUCAGAUUCUACUAGUCAACUACAGGACCCACAACUUGAGAAACAAGUAGAAAACUGGUUCUCCUCUCAUUCAUUGUUGCAUUCUCCAUUGUGAGAUCUGUCUGUUUACUUGUUGUCUUACUCAUAGUCAUGCUGCAUUCACGACAUGCUGCAUUCACGACAUGCUGCAUUCACGACAUGCUGCAUUCACGACAUGCUGCAUUCACGACCCUCGGAGUGUUGGGAAAUGAAACGUGUAGAGCAAUGGACUUGUGUACAUUCACAUGCUUUGAACUCGUUGAGAACACCAACAGGCUAACGUCAAACUACUAACUUCAACCGUAAACAUACUUUCAUGCUCAAAAACAAAUGAUAGUGUUCAAACCCAUCAUAUUAAUUGUUUUUGAUAAAUAAUGUUUUGUUGUUGCAUUUAACUGCCGAAAAUGCUGUCAUCAAAGUAUUUUCCUUAGGUGAUGUCAGAGUUCAGCAUGUCAUGGAAUUUGGGGUCCAGAGAUGAUACCUGAGUUGCAAGGUUGUAAUUAGAAUUUAGAUUACUCCGAUAGGUUGUGAAUGCAGGAUCUGUUGAUUUGAACCCAUCCUCCCAUCAUUCCCGUUUCUUCUCUGGUUCCAUCAUCCCAUCAUUCCUGUCUCCUCUCUGGUUCCUUCAUCCCAUCAUUCCUGUUUCUUCUCUGGUUCCUUCAUCCAAUCAUUCCUGUCUCCUCUCUGGUUCCUUCAUCCCAUCAUUCCUGUCUCCUCUCUGGUUCCUUCAUCCCAUCAUUCCUGUCUCCUCUCUGGUUCCUUCAUCCCAUCAUUCCUGUCUCCUCUCUGGUUCCUUCAUCCCAUCAUUCCUGUUUCUUCUCUGGUUCCUUCAUCCCAUCAUUCCUGUCUCCUCUCUGGUUCCUUCAUCCCAUCAUUCCUGUCUCCUCUCUGGGUCCUUCAUCCCAUCAUUCCUGUCUCCUCUCUGGUUCCUUCAUCCCAUCAUUCCUGUCUCCUCUCUGGUUCCUUCAUCCCAUCAUUCCUGUCUCCUCUCUGGUUCCUUCAUCCCAUCAUUCCUGUCUCCUCUCUGGUUCCUUCAUCCCAUCAUUCCUGUCUCCUCUCUGGUUCCUUCAUCCCAUCAUUCCUGUCUCCUCUCUGGUUCCUUCAUCCCAUCAUUCCUGUCUCCUCUCUGGUUCCUUCAUCCCAUCAUUCCUGUCUCCUCUCUGGUUCCUUCAUCCCAUCAUUCCUGUCUCCUCUCUGGUUCCUUCAUCCCAUCAUUCCUGUUUCUUCUCUGGUUCCUUCAUCCCAUCAUUCCUGUUUCUUCUCUGGUUCCUUCAUCCCAUCAUUCCUGUUUCUUCUCUGGUUCCUUCAUCCCAUCAUUCCUGUCUCCUCUCUGGGUCCUUCAUCCCAUCAUUCCUGUCUCCUCUCUGGUUCCUUCAUCCCAUCAUUCCUAUCUCCUCUCUGGUUCCUUCAUCCCAUCAUUCCUGUUUCUUCUCUGGUUCCUUCAUCCCAUCAUUCCUGUCUCCUCUCUGGUUCCUUCAUCCCAUCAUUCCUGUCUCCUCUCUGGUUCCUUCAUCCCAUCAUUCCUGUCUCCUCUCUGGUUCCUUCAUCCCAUCAUUCCUGUCUCCUCUCUGGUUCCUUCAUCCCAUCAUUCCUGUUUCUUCUCUGGUUCCUUCAUCCCAUCAUUCCUGUCUCCUCUCUGGUUCCUUCAUCCCAUCAUUCCUGUCUCCUCUCUGGUUCCUUCAUCCCAUCAUUCCUGUCUCCUCUCUGGUUCCUUCAUCCCAUCAUUCCUGUUUCUUCUCUGGUUCCUUCAUCCCAUCAUUCCUGUCUCCUCUCUGGUUCCUUCAUCCCAUCAUUGCCGUUUCCUCUCUGGUUCCUUCAUCCCAUCAUUGCCGUUUCCUCUCUGGUUCCAUGGCAUGUAAUUCCAUAGGCCAACAGUAGAUGGGGUUCUUGAAUAGGUUUAUUUCAAGAAUUUAUUAUAAAUUAUGUAUUAAAGGUAGAAUGUCAAAUGAAAUCCUAGCAAGAUUGGACCACUGAAAGAUGGGGUCAAAGAUAGUCAAAGCAGAUGCAUUAGGAUACAGGAGGCUGAGGUCUUCGGAACCUAGUGAUAAUGGAGGUGUGUGUGUGUAUGUUCGAGGGGCUUCUGGUGGCUCACUAAUUAGUCAAGUUCAGCACAGAGCCAGUCUUCUCUGGAGACCUCAUUAGCAUGACUGUGCCAAGGGGCCUGCAGGUGUGUCGGAAAUGUCCUGUUUUUAGAGCCCUCCGGAGACACAACAUUAACUAGCCCCAUUAAUACUUCUUCAUCAGCACCUAACACCUACUGUAAGUCAGCACACAGCAUACAUACACCUUCAUCAGCAUUACACCUCUAUCAGCCUCUCAUCUAGACCUUCAUCAGCAUUACACCUACAAUAGAUCUGAACGUCAUCUUCUAGUAAACAGACUCGUUCUGUCCAUCUGAGAGAUGAGUGAAAAAGAGGUUGACAGAGAUUCAGAGGGAAGGUAGGGAUAUGGAGAAAAAACAUUAACGGAGGAUGAAAUGAGAAAGAGAGGGAGGAGUCACAAAGUGACAGAGGGGAGAGAAUGGAUGGUUGACAAAUCAAAAUGAACAAAGGGGACCCUAGGCCAAACCCUAAAUCAGCGAGUAUGUGAUGUUACAGUAUGCAAGAGAAUCCCACACAUGGCCAGAUUAAAGCCAUGGCCCUUUUAGAGAGCUCUAAAUAGUAUGUCCUGAGAGGAAAGAGAUAUUAUCACCAAAUAUAAGCAGCUACAAUACCAUUUAGUCAAAGUGCCCUAAAAGGGCUUAUGUUAGCAUGUUAGCUUCAGUGCUACCCUACUGCAUCAAGACAAUCCUUAUACUGUAUCUCCUGACUCUCACUCUUAUGUGUGACCCAUACCCUGUAGGAGUCUAACACGUUAGUAGGCUACUCCACCAAAAUGAGGCCCAGCAAUAUUCUAGGAAAAUUGCAUCUUGUCUUGCUCUUGAUUUUUCCAUGUUCCAUAUCUGAUAUAAGGUCGAGAUCCAAUGACCUUAUGGACAUUGGUGUGAUCUGACCCUGAACAUACAUUACUAUAGCUUUACAUCAACACACUAAGUCAAGUCCCUUUUACAUGCAGUAAUGCAUCAUGUACUACCAAUGGCUGUCCUGGCUGAUGACCACAGUAUGUGUUCUCCAUGCCAUCUUUCACUGACAAUACUGUGCCAUAGACUCACCAUAAACGUUACUGUACACAAGCUUUCUCCAAAUAAAGAUAGACGUUAUGAAAUUCCAUGAAUAUACGUUUUUCUAAUUUCGAUAUGGUCAAUGCAGGCAUGUAUGCAACUCUGCUGUGAUUGCUAGGUUUGAUUCCCUAUUAUGCUAAUGUGGUUUAAGGCCCUAUCAAUUCAAUCUAGAUCACAAUGACAUGGAUGUUGUACUCUAUGUACUAUAGACCUCCAAAUGAGUACCAUGACCCAAUCUAAAGACAUCACAUUUAUAGUGUAGUGUUGCACAUAAUUAUGUGUUCUUAUCCUGUCCCACUCUUCCGCUUGUGCAGCUGCCUUCAUAUACAGUUGAAGUUGGAAGUUUACAUACACUUAGGUUGAAGUCAUUAAAACUAGUUUUCAACCACUCCACAAAUGUCUUGUUAACAAACUAUAGUUUUGGCAAAUCGGUUAGGACAUCAACUUUUUGCAUGACACAAGUAAUUUUUCUAACAAUUGUUUACAGACAGAUUAUUUCACUUACAACUCACUGUAUCACAAUUCCACUGGGUCAGAAGUUUACAUACACUACGUUGACUGUGCCUUUAAACAGCUUGGAAAAUUCCAGAAAAUGAUGUCAUGGCUUUAGAAGCUUCUGAUAGGCUAAUUGACAUAAUUUGAGUCAAUUGGAGGUGUUCCUGCGCAUGUAUUUCAAGGCCUACCUUCAAACGCCUCUUUGAUUGACAUCAUGGGAAAAUCAAAAGAAAUCAUCCAAGACCUCAGAAAAAAAAAUGUAGACCUUCACAAGUCUGGUUCAUCGUUGGGAGCAAUUUCCAAACACCUGAAUGUACCACGUUCAUCUGUACAAACAAUAGUACGUAGGUAUAAACACCAUGGGACCACGCAGCCAUCAUACCUCUCAGGAAGGAGAAGCGUUCUGUCUCCUAGAGAUGAAUGUACUUUGGUGCGAAAAGUGCAAAUCAAUCCCAGAACAACAGCAAAGGACCUUGUGAAGAUGCUGGAGGAAACAGGUACAAAAUUAUCUAUAUCCACAGUAAAACGAGUCCAAUAUCGACAUAACCUGAAAGGCCGCUCAACAAGGAAGAAGCCACUACUCCAAAACAGCCAUAAAAAAGCCAGACUACGGUUUGCAACUGCACAUGGGGACAAAGAUCGUACUUUUUGUCGAAAUGUCCUCUGGUCUGAUGAAACAAAAAUAGAACUGUUUGGCCAUAAUGACCAUUCUUAUGUUUGGAGGAAAAAGGGCGAUGCUUGCAAGCCAAAGAACACCAUCCCAACCAUGAAGCACGGGAGUGGCAGCAUCAUGUUGUGGGGGGUGCUUUGCUGCAGGAGGGACUGGUGCACUUCACAAAAUAGAUGGCAUCAUGAGGGAGGAAAAUUAUGUGGAUAUAUUGAAGCAACAUCUCAAGACAUGGGUCUUCCAAAUGGACAAUGACCCCAAGCAUACUUCCAAAGUUGUGGCAAAAUGGCUUAAAGGACAACAAAAUCAAGGUAUUGGAGUGGCCAUCACACAGCCCUGACCUCAAUCCUAUAGAAAAUUUGUGGGCAGAAUUGAAAAAGUGUGUGCUAGCAAGGAGGCCUACAAACCUGACUCUGUUACACCAGCUUUGUCAGGAGGAAUGGGCCAAAAUGUAUCCAACUUAUUGUGGGAAGCUUGUGGAAGGCUACCGGAAACGUUUGACCCAAGUUAAACAAUAUAAAGGCAAUGCUACCAAAUACUAAUUGAGUGUAUGUAAACUUCUGACCCACUGGGAAUGGGAUGAAAGAAAUAAUAGCUGAAAUAAAUCAUUCUUUCUACUAUUAUUCUGACAUUUCACAUUCUUAAAAUAAAGUGGUAAUCCUCACUGACCUAAGACAGAAGUGUUACUAGGAUUAAAUAUUAGGAAUUGUGAAAAACUGAGUUUAAAUGUAUUUGGCUAAGGUGUAUGUAAACUUCCGACUUCAACUGUAAAUGUCUCUCUUUCUUUUUCUUUCUCUCCCUCUCUCUUUUUAGCCAUGUUUUUGUUAUGUCCCGUGGAUCUAUGCAGAAGCCCAUUCCUUUUUUUGGUUGUAAAUAUGUUCCCUCGAAUAUUGAACGAUGUAUCAGUUAUGUAUUUGCUUCCAGGUUAUCUUGCGUUUUGAGUUGAUGUCAUAUUUCUUUACUCUUCUUCUUUUAUUUUUUCCCCCCUUGAGCGUCUGAAAUCAUUUGUUGCGUUUUUGUUGAAGUAGGAAGAGAAUGCGAUGGGGCUUAACCAAUAGAAUUGUCCUCAGAUUCACAUGUUUAUUGAGAGAGGAUAUGGGACUGUGUGUGUGUGUGGGAGAGAGAGAGAGAAAGAAAGAUAUAUGAUUAUAAAAAAGGUUCAAAGGCAUAUAGAGGUAUCAUUACAGUUAUGGUUAUUAUGAUUACUAUUAUACUACCGGUAUAUUGUAAUAUUAUAGAUGCUUUAGUUCAGUAACUUCUUUAAUUUUUUUACAAACGACUUUGAUGAAAUGAUUUAUAAAACAAUCUCACAAGUCAUGAUCUUUUGGAAAAGUAUCAAAACUACUGCUACAAUGAUGAAAUUGUCUUCUGAUUCAAAUAAAUGCAGACAUGUAAUAUGUU